UGCUCGGCGGCCAGGGAAGGGAGGUGGAGUCUGCCCGUCCCCUCCCUCCCUCCCGCCAUUGUCGGCGGCGCGGCGGGCACCUGCCGGGCCGGGCCCGGGGAUGCUGCUGCCCUUGGCGGAGCGCGGAGGCCGCCGCAGUCCCGGUGCCCCGGGAGCGGAGCCGCGGCCGGCGGGAGCGGAGGCCCGGAGGGAGGACAUGCUGCUUGUGCCUGCCCAGCCCGGCUGCUGCCUUGGGAAAUGAACAUGAGCCUGCCAGGCCGUGUCUCCUGCUCCAUGCUCAACUGCUUUGGUGAGGAAGGCCCACCCAGUUUGGAGUAUAUCCAGGCCAAGGACUUGUUCCCCCCAAAAGAGCUUGUGAAGGAGGAAGAGUCAUUGCAGGUCCCAUUCACCGUGUUGCAGGGUGAGGGGGUGGAGUACCUUGGCCAUGCAAACGAUGCUGUGAUUGCCAUCUCCAACUACAGGCUUCACAUCAAAUUCAAGGAUUCUGUGAUCAAUGUGCCUUUGAGGAUGAUGGAAAGUGUGGAGUGUCGGGAUAUGUUCCAGCUUCACAUCAUUUGCAAGGACUCCAAAGUGAUCAGGUGCCAUUUUUCCACCUUUAAGCAGUGCCAGGAGUGGCUGAAGAGGCUAACUCGAGCCAUUGCCCGCCCUGCUAAGCCUGAGGACCUCUUUGCAUUUGCCUACCAUGCCUGGUGCUUGGGAGUCUGUGUUGAUGAGGAGGACCAACAUGCACAUCUCUGCCGUCCAGGAGACCACGUGAGAUUCCGAUUUGAAAUGGAGCUGGUGAGGAUGGGCUUUGACUUGCAGAAUGUCUGGCGUGUCUCUGACAUCAACAACAACUACAAGCUUUGUUCCAGUUACCCCCAGAAGCUGCUGGUUCCUGUCUGGAUCACCGAUAAGGAGCUUGAGAACGUGGCUUCAUUUAGAUCAUGGAAAAGGAUCCCUGUGGUGGUGUACAGACACGCACGCAACGGGGCGGUGAUCGCGCGCUGCAGCCAGCCUGAAAUCAGCUGGUGGGGCUGGAGAAAUGCUGACGACGAGUACCUUGUGACAUCCAUUGCCAAAGCAUGUGCCUUGAACCCCGGGGUGAAGGUGCCUGGUGGGAUGCUGCAGAACGGGAGCAGCGAUGGCAGUGAGGCCUGUGACACCGACUUUGACUCAUCCCUGACUGCCUGUUCAGGCGUGGAAAAUGCAGGAACUCCUCAGAAGCUGCUGAUUCUUGAUGCCAGGUCCUACACUGCGGCUGUGGCCAACAGAGCAAAGGGAGGUGGCUGUGAAUGUGAAGAGUAUUACCCAAACUGUGAAGUUGUGUUCAUGGGCAUGGCCAACAUCCACUCCAUCCGCAACAGCUUCCAGUACCUGCGUGCUGUCUGCAGCCAGGUGCCAGACCCCAGCAACUGGCUCUCAGCCCUGGAGAGUACCAAGUGGCUCCAGCACCUUUCAGUCAUGCUGAAGGCAGCAGUGUUGGUCUCCAGUGCAGUUGACAGAGAAGGACGUCCCGUGCUGGUUCAUUGCUCAGAUGGCUGGGACAGGACUCCACAGAUUGUAGCUCUGGCAAAGAUUCUUCUGGACCCUUACUACAGAACCAUGGAGGGCUUCCAGGUGCUUGUUGAAUCAGAUUGGUUGGAUUUUGGUCACAAGUUUGGUGAUCGCUGUGGUCACCAGGAGAAGGUUGAAGAUCAGAACGAGCAGUGCCCAGUUUUCCUUCAGUGGUUGGAUGCUGUUCAUCAACUUCUGAAGCAAUUUCCUUGCCUCUUUGAAUUUAAUGAAGCUUUUUUGGUGAAGCUGGUACAGCACACGUAUUCCUGCCUCUAUGGGACCUUCCUUGGGAACAGCCCCUGCGAGCGAGAGAUGCAUAACAUCUACAAGAGGACCUGCUCUGUGUGGUCCCUUCUACGGGCUGGAAAUAAGAAUUUCCACAAUCUUCUCUAUAUGCCAGGGUCUGAGCAGGUGCUGCAUCCAGUUUGCCACGUGAGAGCACUGCAUGUGUGGACAGCAGUCUAUCUCCCAGCUUCCUCACCACAUCCUCUGGGACAGGAUGAUAUGGACAUUUACCUGCCCUCUGGAUCUCAGAGCCAGGAGUUCAGUGGCAGAUCUUUAGACCGAUUACCAAAGACAAGAUCUAUGGAUGACCUGCUCUCAGCCUGCGAUUCCAGCAGCCCGCUGACCCGCACAUCCAGUGAUCCCAACCUGAACAACCACUGUCAGGAGGUCCGGGUGGGCCUGGAGCCCUGGCACACCUCCCCUGAGGGAGCUGAGCUGCAUUUGGGUGAAGACAGCGUGGUGGCUUCAGGAGAGACACAGCAAGUGGAGGAGCAAGAGGACAGCCCUCCCCUGCAAGCUGGCAGUGCUUGUCACAGCCAUGCUGAGCACAGCAAGAGACUGAGCAGCUGGGCUUCUGUGCCAGCAAGCAGUAUCUCUCUGGAGGCAGAGAAGGGAACUGGAACAGACCCAGAGGAACUGGGUGGAACAUGUGCAGCUCCAAAUGCUUCCGGGCAGAAAAAUGUUGACAAGGUUUCUUCCAGUUCCAGAAAGCAGUUAGAAACCCAUCCCCGGGAACCUCUGAAGGCCACUGGCAUGACGGCCAAUGGAGGAGGCUGCCCCAAGCGAAACACCAUCUGCCAUGACAUUCCCAGCCAGGAGUCCCUGGCACCAAGUGCCCCUUGUCAGGACAUCCCAGGCCCUGCCCCAGGCAUCCCCUGCCCAUCUGAAGCCAACAGUAAAGGUGAUUCUGGAAAGAGCAUGCCCUGUGAGGAGCCUUGCCAGCCAGGGAGAGUCCCACUAGAGCAAUGGCGCAAGCCUAUUUCCCAGAGCCAAAGCAGUGAGUUCUCCUUCCUGGGGUCCAACUGGGACAGUUUUCAAGGAAUGGUGACAUCCCUCCCCGGUGGGGAGCCUGUCCCCAGGCACCUCCUCUCCUAUGGCUGCUGUAGCAAGAAGCUGAGCAGCAAACCUCUGCGGGCACCAGCCCUGUGCCUCAGCAGCCAGUGGGCUGCCAGGGAAGGGGCAAAACCCUCGCUCUGCUCCGGCCACGCUGGCACACACUUGUCAGGCCCUGCAGGGAAGCCCAGCUGUUCGUGGCUGCCCUGCCACCUGAAACAAGGGUCUGGUCCCAAGCAUCUGCCACCAAAAUGUCCUUCUCCUGUGCCUCCUCUCUACCUGGAUGACGACGGGCUCCCCUUCCCCACGGAUGUGAUCCAGCACAGGCUGCGGCAGAUUGAGGCAGGGUACAAGCAGGAGGUGGAGCAGCUGCGCAGGCAGGUGAGGGAACUGCAGCUGCGCCUCGACAUCCGCCACUGCUCUGCCUCCCCUGCUGAGCCCCCCAUGGACUACGAGGAUGACUUUACAUGUCUGAAGGAAUCAGAUGGCAGCGACACUGAGGACUUCUGCUCAAAUCACAGCGAAGACUGCUUCUCAGAAGCAAGCUGGGAGCCUGUUGAUAAGAAGGAGACAGAGGUCACACGGUGGGUUCCAGACCAUAUGGCCUCGCACUGUUUUAACUGUGACUGUGAAUUCUGGCUGGCCAAACGGAGGCAUCACUGCAGGAACUGUGGGAACGUGUUUUGUGCUGGUUGCUGCCACCUGAAGUUGCCCAUCCCUGAUCAGCAGCUGUAUGACCCUGUUCUUGUUUGUAACUCCUGUUUUGACCACAUCCAAGUGUCUCGUGCCAGGGAGCUGAUGAGCCAGCAUCUGAAGAAACCGAUUGCCACGGCUUCCAGCUGAAUGCCAGACAGGGACCUGUCCAACCCCAGCCUUUUCUCUCAUGGGUUUGAAGGGUGACUCUGCUUCCACUGUAAUUGUGAAGGCCGUUGGUGCAACACUUGAACACCAAGCUUGAAUGCACUGUCUUCAGCAGUCUUACUGUCAGUCUGGAGCAGAGGAGCUCAGAUUGGAGAGUGGUGUGUGUCCCUGCUCUGGUACUGCCAGGCCUGUACAUUGUAGUCUUGAUGACCUAGGGCUGAAGAGGGGAUUGCAUCCUCUUUCUUUUGUGGGCUGGAAAGCAGCAUUUUCACAGAUACAGCCUGUGCAAAGUACCCCCAAAGCAAUAGAAAGGCAUGUGUAGAACCAACAUCCCCUAAAAGGCAGGCUGCUGUAGCAGGAGGAAGAGGGCAGGCUCUAGGUGGUACCGUGUGCUCUGGAAGGGCCUCAUCCUGGAGCAGUUCUGUAGAUUCUCUUUCCAUGAGUGUGAUUUGUGAUCAGCUUGGUGAACAAGACUCAUUAGCCAUCACUAAUUGAUUUUCUCUUGAGUGUUGAAGAGAAAUUAGUUCUGGCUGAGAACAUGCCGAGCAGAUUUCGCCCAUCUUCAUGCUCUGCUGUGAUUGAUGGGCACACUUGACUUUGCCCCUGCCUCUCAACACUGGGGGGAGAUGGGAGAUUGGCUUUUUCACAUCUGCUCUGCCCACCUGCUUUGUCUGCUGUAGUGUCAGAGCCUGGUGCUAACACAGGAAUGGCACCCUGAUCCUCUCCUGGCAUGGAAACAGAACUUAUGUUCCUGUGUUGCUCCUCCUCCCUUUUCCUCCCCUCAGCUCUCCACUUCUACUGCUCUUUAUCCUGAAAACUUGAUACCUUGAGGGUAUAGGCCAUAAUGUGUUGUUUUACCUCCUGGAAUGUGCUGUCUGGUGUAUGUGAGGGUUUCAGUCCAAAUGCUGCUAUAUAUUUCUGUGCACUUAAUGUAACCCAAGAAAGGGAGAAUGAAGCAUUGAUACCAAAACAGGGGUGGGGAAGGGCAUGGACACUGGUCUGUGCUUUUCACUUGAGGAUGUACCACCAAGCUACAGUGGUAGACAUGAUGUGUGGCAUCUGUUCAGUGGUGGAAACAAGCUCUCUAACUCUCACUACCUAAAAUGCCUCUUGAAUUUGGCUUCUUUUUUUUGUCUCCUGUACAGCGGUCAAAGUUCAGAGUUGCCAAGAAUCACGUAGCAUUCUAAGGAAAAGGAACUGGGUUUAGGAAAAAAGGGGCUUCAGGUGGGCUUUUACUCCCUAGAUCACUCUGGGAGUAUCCAUCCUGCCUCCUUUCAAAGAAAUCUGUGGAUAUUGGUGAGGAAGAAGGGUUUGACCAUGGGGUAUUUCUUUGCAGAAAGGCAGGUUUUCCUUCCAGCUAAAUGAAAAUGUCAGAUAUUUUCUGCACCUCAUGACCUGAGACUUCAUGUGUGUGUGUGUGGAGGACCCGUGAGGGCCCUCUGUGUACUAACAAGGCAAAGUACUUUACACUGUUGUGAUCUCCCCGUUUUUUUUUUGCUAAUGGUUUGUCAUCUCUGCCAGAGAGAAUGGAAUCAUGACCCUUUCCUGCACUUUGGUAUGUCAGCCUCUGGUGUUGUAAAUCCCAAUAGUUCAAGCAAAGCUAGCACUGUCUGAAGACCCUGUACUUAGUUGGACUCUGCUUCUUUUCUGUACUGGGAACAACCAACAUGGCUUGGGAAGAGAAGGCACCUUGCUUCAGAUUCUCCCCUGCCUUGUACCUUGCAGUCGUUGCCAGACGUGGAUGAGUGACCAUUGGGCUGGCAGAAGGAAUUGGAUUUGCACCUGUUUUUGCACAUGAUGGAAUGACUGCAAGCAAGAAGGAAGCCUGAAAAUAGGUACUUCUGGCCCUUCUGUUCAGGCCAUUAGUCCAAACUGCUUUUAGCUCUUGUGAGUGUCAGCGUCACAAUGUGCUGGCCAAAAACUCUAAAAUCAGUUCGAUAGCAUUGUGACAAGCAAAAUGUGCUGUACAACUCAAUACAGUAAAAUAAAAUCUCUAUAUUAGU